UGGUGUCAAAACAAUCAGCAACAAAUAAGGAUGGACAGAAUUGUUUCCUGUCAUGAUAAUAAAGACUUUCCUAACUUUUGGAGAAAAACCAAUGCUUUGAAUGUCAAGACAGGUCUCCCCGUGAGCGUUGAUGGCGUUAGUGAGCCCGCCUCGAUCGCCAACCUAUUCAAAAAUAAAUUUGUUAUUAAAUCUCCAUUAGUAUUAGUUGAUGACAGGCCCGAGGUACAAACAAGUGAACAUUAUCAUAUUAGAUUUACAGCCAAAGAGGUAGCUGAAACGAUUAGACAGAUGAAACGGGGAAAGUCCCCUGGGCAUGACUCUCUGAGCAUUGAACAUCUUCAGCACGCCGGCUCGCAUUUGCCCAGGGUACUUUCUAUGUUUAUAAAUUUUUGUAUUGCGCACUCGUACUUGCCUGACGCGUUGAUGAAAACAAUUGUAGUACCAAUAAUAAAAAAUAAUUCUGGUGAUGCUUCUGACGCAAAUAACUAUAGGCCCAUUUCGCUGGCCACCGUAGUGGCGAAGGUAUUCGACAGUAUGCUUGACAAACAACUUAGUAAACAUCUUUCGAUCCAUGACGCUCAGUUCGGGUUCAGAGCGGGCUUAUCCACUGAAGCAGCUAUCCUCUGUGUCAAGCAUACUGUAAAAUACUAUACUGAUAGAAAAACACCGGUGUACGCGUGUUUCCUCGACCUGUCAAAGGCCUUCGACUUGGUGUCCUAUGGGGUUUUGUGGAAGAAGCUAUACGAGGACACCACGAUGCCAGAUGAGUUAAUUGAACUGUUCAAAUACUGGUACACUCAUCAGGACAACGCGGUUCGAUGGGCGGGCUCACUUUCCGAUUCGUAUAGACUGGAGUGCGGGGUGAGACAGGGUGGACUGACGUCACCAAAGCUCUUCAGUCUGUAUGUGAAUCGGUUGAUUGGUGCGCUCAGCGGUUCCAUGGUCGGCUGCUCAAUCGAUGGGACUUUUAUAAAUAACAUUAAUUAUGCCGAUGAUAUGGUGCUGCUGGCCCCAUCGAUCAGUGCACUCAGAAAAUUACUCCAUAUUUGCGAGAAUUUCGCAAUAGCUCAUGGCCUUAAAUAUAAUGCGCUUAAAAGUGAAUUGUUGGUGUUUCCGGCGGGUAACAAAUGUUACUUGAAUAUACCGCCGGUUACCCUAAGCGGCACGCGCAUAAAAACUGUCACGAAAUACAAAUAUCUGGGUCAUUGGCUAACUGCGACCCAAACAGAUGAUAAUGAUAUCGAAAGAGAACGUAGGGCGCUGGCCGUAAGAAGCAACAUGAUCAUCCGGAGGUUCGCAGCGUGCUCGAAAGGUGUAAAGCUAAUCUUGUUCAGAGCAUAUUGUCAAUCUUUUUACACCUGCAGCUUAUGGUGUCAGUUUAGCCAGCGCGCGUACAGCGCCCUACGUGUGCAAUAUAACAACGCCUUCAGGGCACUGUUGGGGCUGCCGCGCUACUGCAGCGCGUCGGGGAUGUUUGCGGAGGCGCGGGUGGAUGGCUUUGCCGCGAUCCGGCGCAAGCGCAUAGCAUCCUUGAUGGCGCGGGUGCGCGGCAGCCGCAACACUAUCCUGGAGGUGGUUGGGAGUCGCAUGGACAGCCCAGUCUACAAGCACUGGGUAAAUGUCCAUGUGCACUAGUAUAAGUAUAUGAUCUAUUUUAAAUGUACAAUACUAACUUAGACUAAGUCAAAUUUUACUAACAAAAUAAUG